CCUCCAACUCCACGUCCAGACGGUCCUUCGCCGCGACAGCGACACGGUCACCUGAGGUUGUCUCUCCUGGCCCCGAGGCCUGCCUUCUCGAUCCGCCCGCCCUUAAUCGUCGAUAUUCUUCCCCACUCGCCUCCUCGACCUGCUCAGCCAUUGACGUUGCCGCCGCGUGAUCCGUGCACCGCCUCUUAUCGCUGUCGCCGUCCACGUCCCACUGCUCACCACCCAGCUUACUACCAACUUGCCUAUAUACCCGCAGCCAGUUCCGCCUCGCCACGGCAUGCGAUAAGGCCUUUCUUACUUGCGUGCCCUUCCUCCGACCAUGGCCUCGCCCAGAAGCGCGCUUAACGCGGCGCCGCGGGCGUCGUCCCCGGCACCAGGCCAGCCGCAGUACUUCUCCUCGUCGCUGCCCCGAGACGAGCUGACGGCCCGCCUCGCCGAACCGAUCCCGUCCUCGUCGCCAGCCCGAACUGGCUCGCCUUUACCAGGCCUGCGGUCACCGGAGAACAACGACUCGCCCUUCACGGGCGGCUCCUACUCUCAAGGACCGGGCGUCUCUGCCUUGGCUGCCGCCCUGUCCAACUCGCUCGGCCAGUCGCCGCCUCGUCAUGGCACGCCUGCGGCCCGCAUAAGCACACCGCCGAGGACUCAAUCCCCAGCGCCCGGUGCACGCCCCGACACACCCACCAACUACGGCUCCUUUGACUCGAGGAAACCGUACGAGGACCCCGAGAUCGUCAAGCGCCAUCUGGUUCAGCCAAGGGAUGCGGAGAACCCGCCCUCAGAGGACUCGUCCACAGCGGGGACCGCUAGGGGAAAGCAGCCCGUCGAUCCUAACGCUGGCCUCAACGAUGAGGAAUUUUCGAGCUUACGGUUGCAGGGAGGAGACGUCACGCGAGGCAUCUACAAGUGGACGGAGCAAGCCGAGGCCAAGAACCGUCUCCAGCGCAGCAAGAGCUUUGAGCAAGCGCGGCCCGAGCCCGAGACCGAGGUCCUGGACAUCAACAGCAUCAAGGUGCCUGGAGGCUUCCGGAGAGACCACCUCCGACGCAACGCCCUGAGCCCCAGCGGCCUCGGCGACCGCGUCGACCACGCCCACGACUCGCCGCCGCAUGCGGAGCCGCGGUUGUUCACGUCGAGCUUCCUCGAGUUCCUGAGCAUCUACGGCCACUUUGCCGGCGAAGAACUCGAGGAGGACGACGAGGCUCUUGGUCCCAAUGAGGAAUUCUGGUCGGGCGAGGAUUAUGAAGGAGGCAGCGAUGACGGCCGGGAACCCAUGGAAGACAGCGCCCUGCUCGGCCCGUCCAAAAAGCGGCGCAAGCGCAAGGUGCGAGGCGGCAGCGGUCAGAACAGCCCCAUGAACGCAGCGCUGCUGUUGCUCAAGUCGUUUGUUGGCACCGGCGUGCUGUUCCUGCCCCGGGCGUACCUCAACGGAGGCAUGCUCUUUAGCAACCUCGUGCUGUUUGGCGUCGCCGCCCUCAGCUACUACGCCUUCGUGCUGCUCGUGACGACGCGGCUCAAGGUGGAGGGGUCGUUUGGCGACAUGGGAGGCAUCCUCUAUGGCAAGUGGCUGCGGAACCUCAUCCUGAGCUCGAUUGUCAUCAGCCAGAUUGGAUUCGUGGCCGCCUAUACCGUCUUCACCGCCGAAAACCUGCAGGCUUUCAUCCACGCCGUCUCCGACUGCAAGAGCUCCAUCAGCAUUCCGGUCCUCAUCCUGAUGCAGAUGGUCAUCUUCCUCCCCUUUUCACUGCUGCGCGACAUUGGCAAGCUGGGGUUCACGGCGCUCAUCGCGGACGCCUUCAUCUUGAUCGGGUUGGCAUACCUGUUCUACUACGACGUGCUCACGCUCAGCACCGAGGGCCUCGCAGACAUCAUCAUGUUCAACCAAAAGGACUGGACUCUGUUUAUCGGCACCGCCAUCUUUACGUUUGAGGGCAUCGGGCUCAUCAUCCCGAUCCAGGAGUCGAUGAAGCACCCGAGCAAGUUCCCGCGCGUGCUGCUCCUCGUCAUGGUGAUCAUCACGGUCAUCUUCAUCACCAUGGGAGCGAUCUCGUACGCGGCGUACGGGUCCAAGACGGAGACGGUGGUACUGCUGAACCUGCCGCAGGACAACAGGCUGGUCAACGGGGUGCAGCUCCUGUACUCGAUGGCCAUCCUGCUGUCGACGCCGCUCCAGAUCUUCCCGGCCAUUCGCAUCGUCGAGACGGAGCUGUUUACGCGGAGCGGUAAGUACAACCCGUACAUUAAGUGGCAGAAGAACGUGUUCCGCUUUUUCAUGGUGAUGCUGUGCGCGGCGAUUGCGUGGGGCGGCGCAGACCACCUCGACAAGUUUGUGGCGCUCGUGGGCAACUUUGCUUGCAUCCCGCUGGUUUACAUCUAUCCGGUGAGUGCCCUUAAGUCUACCAAUGCUGUCACGGGUAAGGAUACUAAUGAUGGACACAAGCCCCUGCUGCAUUACCGUGCCGUGGCGCGGACGAGGGGGUGGAAGAUUGCGGACAUUGUCUUGUGCAUCUUUGGCUUUGUGGCCAUGGCGUAUGCGACGAGUCUGACGGUGGUGAGCUGGGCGAACGCGGAGCCCAAGCCGCCGGGCUACUGCGAAAGACGAGGCGGGCACAACUAAAGAUGGACGAUGCAGUGUGGUUGCGGGGAGGCGUUUCUAAGCGCGUUUGGGUACUUUUCUGUCGGGAUUUGGUUUGCCGCGAAGACUGUCUUGCUUUUCCUCCGAGAGGACCAUAUCAUAUCUGCAGCGCCAGCGGCCCGGGGCCUGCCUGUCCUGACACGGGAGGCGGCCGAGGUGCGCGUCGCGCUGGCACAUAGAGGCAACGGGAAGUGGCUCAGGGCCAGGUUGUCAGAACGUGAGGGUUGGAUAAGUUUGGUACCCUACGUAUCUACCUUUUGGAAACUACCUACGUAGUACCUAUUUUUCAUGGCUGUG